AUCCGAGCCGAGCCGCUAGGAUGCUCCGGGCUCCGAGGCCGCCGCGCGGGGAGGCCGAGAUAGCCGGCCGCAUUCCCCGGACCACGCCGCCGACUCAGUCCAAGCCGCUCACCUCCUUCCUCAUCCAGGACAUCCUGUGGGACGGCGCAGACCGGCGCAGCGGCGGCCAUGCGGGCAGCCUGGAGCCCGGGUCCCCGCCGCGGGCCCUGCGCGAGCCGGACCUGAGGCGUGACCCCGAAACGGAGCUGGAGGAAGGAGGAAGAGGCCGCGCCGGGGGGCCGGAGGCCGAGCUCAGCGCCCAGCCCCGCGCCGCUCCGGCGGAAGCCGAGAAGCUGGCGGAGACCCAGCCAGAUAGGCACUUUGAGACUUACCUGUUGGACUGUGAAAACACUUCAGGCGCCUUACCAAGCCUCCCCCAAGUCCCCAAGCAGCCGCAGAAGCGCUCCCGAGCUGCGUUCUCUCACACGCAGGUCAUUGAGCUAGAGAGGAAGUUCAGCCAUCAGAAGUACCUGUCAGCCCCUGAGAGGGCACACCUGGCCAAGAACCUCAAGCUCACCGAGACCCAAGUGAAAAUAUGGUUCCAGAACAGACGCUAUAAGACCAAGCGAAAGCAGCUCACCUCUGACCUGAGGGACCUGGAGAAGCACUCCUCCUUGCCGGUCCUGAAGGAGGACGGCUUCUCCCGGGGCUCCCUGAUCUCCUUGUAUAACAGCUACCCUUACUACCCCUACCUUUGCUGCUUGGGAAGCUGGAGCCCGGCUUUCUGGUAACGCCUGCCCAGAUGACAACAGUGUGGGACCAAAAACUGCCUUCACAGGUUCUGUCUUGGAAGCAAAAGGGGCCUGGGUCAGGGAGGACUGGGACCAAGAGGUGUACAGACCAAAGCUUUUGGAGGUUUGCAUGGAAAUCUUAGAUUUUUCACUGGUGGGCCAAUGAAAGAUCUGGGACCAUGAAUAAAUAUUUAAAUAAGACUCCCAACAUACAAUUUAGGUCAUUUUUGCUUUUAGCUACCUGUUUGAGGCGGGCAGGAGGCAUCAAGUCAAGUGCUAUUUCCAGCACUUUGUAUGAUUUUGUGUGUGAGCUGCCCACUUCACUUCUGGGAAUUCUGUUCCUUCAGCUCCAUCUUCAGUGUAACUCCAAAAGAGCAACUAGAACAAGACCCACUUGCUGUGGUUUCAAGACAAACUGAACAGAACUCUGCUGCAAGGGGCGGGUCUAUUCCAGAAGAGCCCCUGCACGUCCAAGGCAGAGGCCUAAGGAGGGUCUCUUCUCUGCUGCCAGGGACCA